UACCUGAUUGUGUGUCAAGUGCAGGGGCAGACUGACCAUUUGGAAACUAGGGCACUGCCCGAGGGCCCGGGGUCAGUAGGGGGCCCCAUGAGAUGCCCCUGGUACCUUUUUCAUAGGCUUUUUUGAGUUUGUGCAAGGACACAGGGGCCCCAUGAUCCCCUAUUGAGGGCCCGGGGUCAGUAGGGGGCCCCAUGAGAUGCCCCUGGUACCUUUUUCAGAGUUUUUUUUUGAGUUUGGGCAAGGACACAGGGGCCCCAU